AUGUCCUUCUUCGACAUUCGCGCCCGCAAGGCCGCUGCCGACGCCAAAGCCGCCGCUGCUUCCUCAUCGAAAUCCACACCGGUCGAAUCCAAUCGACAACAGCCAUGGGUGGAGAAAUACCGCCCCAAGUCCCUCRACGAUAUCACGGCGCAAGAUCACACCGUCACCGUCCUCCGUCGCACCCUGCAAUCCGCCAACCUCCCGCACAUGCUCUUCUACGGCCCGCCCGGAACGGGAAAGACAUCGACGGUGCUCGCUCUCGCCAAACAACUCUACGGCCCGGAAUUGAUUAAAACGCGGGUAUUGGAGCUCAACGCGUCGGAUGAGCGGGGUAUCAGCAUUGUGAGGGAAAAAGUGAAGAAUUUCGCGCGAAUGCAGCUUUCCAACCCUCCUGCUGGACCCGCGGGAGUGGAGUACAAGAAGAAAUACUCCUGUCCUCCCUACAAGAUCAUCAUCCUCGAUGAAGCGGAUAGCAUGACGCAGGAUGCGCAGAGUGCGUUGAGGAGAACAAUGGAGACGUACUCGAAAAUCACCCGCUUCUGUUUGAUUUGCAAUUAUGUCACGAGGAUUAUCGAUCCUCUAGCGAGCCGGUGUAGUAAAUUCCGCUUCAAGAGUUUGGAUGAGGGGAAUGCGGGGAGGAGGAUUGAGGAUAUCGCACGCUUGGAAGGGGUCCAAUUGGAGGACGGGGUGGUGGAGACGUUGUUGAGGUGCAGUGAAGGUGAUUUGCGGAAAGCCAUCACUUUCUUGCAGAGUGCUAGUCGCUUGGUGGGGAGUACGACGGGGAAGACGUCGAAGAAGAAGAAGAAGGAGGUGGGGAAUGAGGAUGCCAUGGAUGUCGAUGUGCAGACGACUCCCAUUUCCGUGGCCACCAUUUCGGAGAUUGCGGGUGUCAUUCCGGAUGCCACUAUUGAUCGUCUGGUGGGAUCUCUACAGCCCAAGUCAAAGAACACCACCGCUCCCUUCACCCCCAUCUCCCAGGCGGUGGAGGAUCUCGUCGCGGAAGGAUGGUCCGCCACCCAAAUCGUCACCCAGCUGUAUGAUAAGAUUGUCCUCUGGAACGAGGCGAUUGGGAACGGCGCCAAGAAUCGCAUCAUGGGUGCCUUUUCCGAGACGGAUAAGAGGUUGGUGGAUGGGWGUGAUGAGCAUUUGACUGUUCUGGACUUGUGUUUGCAAAUCUCGGGGAUGCUGGGUGCGGAUAGAUGA